GUUCUUGCCUGCCUGCAAGUCUGCAGCGAAAAUUGUGUUAAGGAGCUACUGCUGAAGCUGCUGCAGAAACCAAUGUCUUUGUAUUUUCCUACAAACGAAUACGGAGCACUUUGCAUUCAGGAAUACAGAAAAAAUAGCAAAGUGGAGUCAAGCACACGCAACACCUUCAUGGGCUUGAAGGAUCAUCUGGGGCAUGACCUAAGCCACCUUUAUGUGGAGACCUCUGACCCACAUCUAAGCGCAGCUGUACCUUGGCCAAUGGUCGAAAAGCCAACAAUGGAUAAAGUUCAUUCCGGAAAGGAAGAUACAGAAAGGGAGGCAUCUGAAGAAAAUGCCAGCUCUGGUGACUCUGAAGAAAGCACAAACUCGGACAACGAGUCAGAACGGUUGAGCAGCAUUUCCGUAGAGCCAUGCCUAUUAACCAAGACUCAUAGACAACUGUGUAGGUCUCCCUGUUUAGAGCCCCACAUACUAAAACGCAAUGAAAUUUUGCAAGACUUUAAAACUGAAGAGUCCCAGGCUCCACCCAAGGAAGUGAAGAAACCCCCCGACAUGGUACGAGAAUACCAAACCAAACUGGAGUUUGCACUUAAGUUAGGCUAUUCAGAAGAACAGGUUCAGCUUGUGCUAAACAAACUUGGUACCGAUGCUUUAAUCAACGACAUUUUGGGAGAGCUUGUCAAGCUUGGAAAUAAAAGCGAGACUGAUCAAACCGUUAGUACAAUUAACAGUGUACCUCGGGAAACCUCUUCCCUGGAAUCUCAGCGGUCAGAAUCUCCAAUGCAAGAGAUUGUAACGGAUGAGGGUGAAAAUCUGAGACCGAUAGUUAUCGAUGGCAGCAACGUAGCAAUGAGCCAUGGAAACAAAGAAGUAUUUUCCUGCCGAGGAAUAAAAUUGGCAGUGGAUUGGUUUUUGGAACGUGGCCACAAAGAUAUUACCGUUUUUGUUCCUGCUUGGAGAAAAGAGCAGUCGCGACCUGAUGCCCUCAUUACAGAUCAGGAGAUCUUACGUAAGUUGGAGAAGGAUAAGAUCCUGGUGUUCACGCCAUCGCGCCGCGUGCAGGGCAGGCGAGUGGUGUGCUACGAUGACAGGUUCAUCGUGAAGCUGGCCUUUGAGUCGGACGGCAUCAUUGUGUCCAACGACAACUACAGGGAUCUGGCGAAUGAGAAGCCAGAAUGGAAGAAGUUCAUAGAUGAGCGGUUACUGAUGUAUUCAUUUGUCAAUGACAAGUUCAUGCCCCCUGAUGAUCCUCUUGGAAGACACGGCCCGAGCCUGGAUAAUUUUCUGAGGAAAAAGCCUAUUGUUCCUGAACACAAAAAGCAGCCUUGUCCAUACGGGAAGAAGUGUACCUAUGGACACAAGUGCAAAUACUACCAUCCCGAAAGGGGCAGUCAGCCUCAGCGCUCUGUGGCUGAUGAACUCCGUGCCAUGUCUAGGAAUACAGCAGCCAAAACCACCACCGAGGGAGGACUCGUGAAAAGCAACAGCGUUCCCUGCAGCACAAAGGCUGACAGCACUUCAGAUGUCAAACGAGGUGCUCCAAAGAGGCAGUCCGAUCCAAGCAUAAGGACGCAAGUCUACCAAGACCUUGAGGAAAAGCUCCCCACCAAAAACAAAUUGGAAACCAGGUCCGUACCUUCCUUAGUUAGUAUACCGGCCACUUCUACUACAAAACCCCAAAGCACUACACCCUUAAGCAAUGGCCUUCCAUCUGGAGUGCACUUCCCACCUCAGGAUCAAAGACCACAGGGACAAUAUCCUCCAAUGAUGAUGGCAACCAAAAAUCAUGGAACGCCAAUGCCUUAUGAACAGUACCCAAAAUGCGACUCGCCCGUUGACAUUGGAUAUUAUUCCAUGUUGAAUGCAUAUUCCAAUCUGAGUAUCUCAGGCCCACGAAGUCCUGAAAGGCGUUUCUCCUUAGACACCGAUUACAGAAUAAGUUCUGUAGCCUCUGACUGCAGCAGUGAAGGGAGCAUGAGCUGUGGGAGCAGUGACUCCUAUGUGGGGUACAACGACCGCUCCUACGUCAGUUCCCCGGAUCCCCAGCUGGAAGAGAGUUUGAAGUGUCCACACAUGCACCCUCACAGCCGCCUUAACUCCCAGCCCUUCCUGCAGAAUUUCCACGACCCCUUAACCAGAGUGCAGAGUUACAGUCACGAAGAACCAAAGUACCAUCACAAGCCCCCCCUUCCGCACUUGGCUAUGCAUCUGCAGCACCCGGCCGUGGGCGCCCGGGCCAGUUGCCCCGGGGAGUACCCCUCUCCUCCGAGUUCAGCACACUCCAAGGCACCACACCUGGGGAGGUCCCUCGUGGCCACAAGACUCGACAGCAUCUCCGAUUCCCGGCUCUACGACAGUUCGCCUUCCAGACAAAGAAAGCCUUACACCCGCCAGGACGGGCUGGGAAGUUGGGAUCGGCCGGGUUACGGGAUCGACGCCUAUGGCUAUCGGCAGACUUACUCCCUGCCUGAUAACUCCACACAGCCGUGCUAUGAUCAGUUCACCUUCCAGAGCCUGCCCGAGCAGCCAGAACCCACCUGGCGGAUCCCAUACUGCGGGGUGCCACAGGACCCCCCGAGGUAUCCAGACAGCCGGGAGAAAAUCUUCAUCAACUUGUGCAACAUCUUCCCACCUGAGCUGGUGAGAAUUGUCAUGAAAAGGAACCCUCACAUGACAGAUGCCCAGCAGCUGGCUGCAGCCAUCUUAGUGGAGAAAUCGCAGCUGGGUUAUUGAAAGAUGAUGCAUCUUUGUGGUGUUGCCUAGGGGGGAUUUUUUUGUUUUUGUUCAGCUCAAAUGCUGAGGGAGGUUUGCUACAAUAGCACAUGUGAUCUCCUUUCCAGCGAGGAGGUUAUAUAGUAUCCAUUUAUGUGAACUACUGUAUCAUGGCAUCUGGAUGGAUAGCCCCGGAUGGAUCAAGGGAUUGCUUACACCCUUUUUUUAACCUUUCCUUUUUACAGCUCUCUCUUUGGCUGGAAAUUUUUCCAGUUUGAUUUACUAGGUGUAUCUGUGAUCUUUGAUAUUAAUCUUUGGUGCAUCAGGGGUUUAUAUGCAGCACUUUUUAUCCUUGUGUCCUGUUUUAUUACCUUGGUGUUUGUCUAUCAAUUGCAAGCAAUUACAAUACUUACAGAAUGCUGAACAUUUGACUAGACCUAGCAAACUAUUUUUUCAAGCCAAGCUUACUUAGACUCUUUUACAGCUUUUUAAGUUAUUUUUAUUUGGGGGAUGUGGGCUUCUCUGUGCUAGAAUCAUUAUUUAUAGAAACAAAGAUAUACUACAGCACUGACUUUAUAUUUUAAACUAAAUAUAAGUUACCAGUUUAUGUCAAAAUGGGUAACAGAAUAUAUUAGAAAGAUU